CAUCUUUCAAAGUAUUUGCGGGGAAGUGAAGAUCAUGCCUGAAGAGUGAGGCACACUUUGAGACAGAUACACAGUUUGAAUAUUUACUGCUUGAGCCAAACGUGAGAAGCACCAUGGCCUGUGCCGACGUUGACAUGGAUAUCCAUGGAACUGAUGAGGAGCUACUCAGAGCCAACCGGAGAGAGCCGCCAAUGAUGCGACAUUACCAAGCUUUAGAGCUCCUGCCAGACAACAAAAGGCCGCUGCAUGACCUGCUGCAGAAACAACCUGCUGUGUUGGGGUCUCUGCAGGUGGUCAGUGGUUUCCUCAGUGUUGGAGUUGGAAUUGUUUUUGCUGUGACCCAGGAAAUGGGGGAGUCCCUUUUCAGUCUCUUCAGAGUUUCUCAACUGACCGGAGCACUCUUCAUUGUUGCUGGAGUUGUUUCCAACCUGUUGUUCAAAUAUCCAGCAUUACUACCUGUGUCCCUCAUGGUUAACUGUGGCUGUAUUAUUGUAGCUGUAGUGGCAGCUUGUCUGAUAAGUGUUGACUUGGCUCACUGGACACAAGAAAAUGAUCAGCAUUUGAGGAUGGAGGUGCUGGAACUUUGUGUGUUGGGGCUCGAGGUUUUUCUCUCUGCAGUUCUCUGCUUCUGGUUCUCUAAAGAAAGACUUGACAAAUCACCAUGAUCUGCUGUUGAAAUUAUUUGAGAAGAAAUGUGUGAAUGUAAUACUUUAAAUGGUCUAAUAUGCAGGUGGCUGCAUAUUAGUGCUUAAAAGAAGUUAAGUGACUGUAUUAGCAAACAUGAUUUUUAUUGUACUUCAAGUGUGGCUUUCUGUUCUUUCUCAAAUUGCCUACAUUGGGGCUGAAACCCCUGCUGAGCAGCCCGGGCUGUGGUCUGCAUCUGAUGAACUGGACUGAGAACAAAAGACUUGUGGUAAACAAAUGUCAGCUUCUCUCAUGUGAUGAAAAAACAAGUUCAUCAUCCUCAGCCUCUGCGUCCCUGUGUGUAACGGUAGCAGUUACUCUUAUAGUGCAAGGGUCUCUAUGUGUGGUUUAACACUUGUGCUCGGUUAUCAGUGGAAAUAUCUGUGACUUGUUUUCAGCUGCACUCACGCUUUCAGCUGGUUUCACACACAGAAAGCUUUACUGAACUAUAAAAGAUUUGUUAAACUGUAGGCUUGUUUUUUUGUUUUCAGCCGAUGCAAGUCUGGUAGAAAUACCUAGUUUCAUGUCAAAAUGAACUGUGGCAAAGAAAUGAAUACAACAUCUUUUAAACAUUUUAAUCAUCUGUACAAACUUGUCAUAACACAGGACUGUCAACAGAAAAAACCACAAAAGAUAUAUGACAGUACAACAUUCUCUGGAAUGUCCUGCCUGCUAUUUUUGUUUUUGUUUUGUAAAAUACGUAAUAAAAAAACCUCAUCUACAUUAUAAA